GCACUCAGGUUUAGUGUGAAGUUGAUAGGAUGAUUGAUGUACUCGUUUGUUUUCAAAAACGACAUCAAUUGAGCUGUUCUAGUAGUAAUUGUGAACUUACAUGUUACCAUUCUGUUACGCGCGUCAGACAACUUACUUGAUCCUUUUUCUUGUCAUAAAAGAACUGCCUAAACCUCUUCAUCUGUAACCUGUUGAUAUGUGUCACGGGUGUAUGCAGCCACCGGCAGACAGAGGUAAAUGCCUGCUGAGGUCAUCAGGCCUGACCUUCUGGGUGGAAUAUUGGCAAUAGAGCUCCCACAUCUCCUGAAAGGUAUGGAUUCUCAAAGCCUUUCUGUCCAUAAACGCACUGAUGGACAUUAGCCUCCAGGACGAUAGAGACUUGUGUGAAGCUCUCUGCAUGCUAAGCCAGACGGUCCAUUGAUUUUGUAUUUUUUGUAAGGGGUUCGAGAGUUCUGCUCUGUGCUUGUCAGCCAAACUGCAAAUGCGUCCAUCUGUCAGACAUGCAGUAAAUUAGUAUAGAGACUUUACAAACAUGAAAAGAAAAUAAUCAAUGUUUUUAUAACAACCAUAGCAUUGCAUAGAGAUCAUUUGUUUUCAGCAUCUUAGUCAAAUGAUUUUGAAGCUCAUAUAAAUUAAACACGCUUACUACUCCAGGUAGCCCACGUCGUAAAUAUUGGCCAAAUGGCACCACCAGCUUCCCCAGACACCGCUGGCGAGAUGCUGCUGGGAUCCUGUCAGCGUGGAGGAGCGUUUCGGCAUGAGCUAGGGCGUUGGACUCAUCCAGCAGCGGUGAAAGGAAAAGUUAUUUUUCUUUCUCCGUAUGGUCGGGCCUUAUUCGUCGGCAACAAUAUGGCUUGUUGACGUCCUUGUGGAGCAUUUGGGAUUACAACCCGGAUUGCAGGUGUCGCCAUCUCAAGAUGAUUUAUUCACUAAGACGUCUCCAUCCAAGAAGUCUGCGUUGAAGCUGAAGAACAAGAGUCAUGUCACCUCUGUAAAAUCUUCUCUGAGUGACUCCCCAGUUGAGUUGGAGGGUUGGGUGCAUCUGUGGGAAAAUCCCAAUGGCAUUCCAUCAGCGGACCUCUCCUGGGUGAAAGAUGACACAGAAAGAGGACUCUUCUCUCCCACUCCUGUGUACCGCGACAACACUGGUGCGUUGAAGAGGCGGCGGGUAUUGAAAUCAGACAGGAUGUGGUUUUACCCUCCAGAACCUUCAGGCUACGUUUGUGGUACUGUGCCAACUCCACAUCUCUUCUUACGGAGGAGCAUCUUUGUGUGGUGGCCUUUUGGGGUAUGGAGAUAUUCGCUGAGGUGUCUUUGUGGUGAUAAAUGUGUGGGGAAUGGAAAACAUUUUUACCUCUACAAGUCAGGCUACCUCAGCAGGGUUCGUCACAGCUGUGAUGUAUCCAGCUGGUACACUAUGUUGAUGGAGGUACUGUGCUGUGGACAGUGCACCAAAGCAGCCAGGAGCGGUGAAGGUAGCUUGGGACCCUGCUAUCCAUGGUCAACUCGGUGAAGCUCACGGAGCCAUGUUCCCUGCUAUCCUCGCAGACGAGCGAGUACAUGCCUUAAAAUAGUAGAACCAGCCACUGCUGGCAUAUUGAUUAUCAUAUUUUACAGGAGUGGUGUGGACAAGAAUGUGGUACAGCUUCUGUGGCGACAGAUUCAAGAGAAUCACUUUGAGGAGUAUCUCCAGAGGAAAGAUCUGUACACCACACUCCUCAUAGCUCAAGUGAGAGCUGGCCUCUGCUCGUCAUGCCUUCCUGCUUGCAGAGGCCAGCAAUGUGCAGGACUACAGGAGCCAAUUUCUAUCCACUUUUGGCACUGUGCUCAAA